AUGAAUACUAAUUUACCAUGUUCUAACGAUAACCAAAAUAUAUCGGAAAAUGAUGGCAAUCAAAAUUUUGCAACAGUUUCCCAGAUUUUGACAAAAACUUCUGUUUCUGCUGAACUGAAUACUAGUUAUAACGUUAUGGAGAAAGAAUCACUUGCUGAGAAAUUUGAAUUUGGGUCUACUGACUAUUCUUCUAACCAAACUUCUGAAAUAUUUGAUCGACACAUUGUUCGCAGUUCACUUCUGGAUCUUACAAAUGUUUCAACACCUGUAGUGCGAUCUCAUCCUGCAGCCUUUCAUUUCUUACCACUCGACCAUUCCUCAAUGGAAAAUACCUCUAAAUACUCGAAAUACUCACAGAUCAUCAGCCCAUUAAAUCUAUCAAAUAGAAGCAGUUUCUCGCAAAUUACGACUGGAACUCCAAAUAAGAGAUGCUCGAGUGUUUCAAAUGAAUCAAGUUCUCUUGGUAAUCACAGCAUGACAAGGCAGUUACAGUGUCAACGCACUCAACAGCGUCCUGCUUUCAAAAGACUUGUUCGGUUCAAAAACGUGCGGGGAGCAUCAAGCAGAAGUAGUUCUGACAAACUUUCCAACUUAUUUCCAACUGCAAUUACACGACAUAGCGAGACAGUUAGUGAAUGUAGCGCCAUUGAGAAAUGUCGAGGCGAUGAUGAAGAUGAUCUUGAAAAUCUGGAAAAUGAAUUCAGCUUCCGAGCGCAUCUGCAAGGUACCAGUAGCAACAGCUUGAUUUCUCCUUCACUUCCGUCAACGUCAACCCCAAAUAAGCUGGAAUCUCGUUAUAAAAAGCGUCGUAUACCUGAUGAGACGGGUAGUACUGAUAGCGCAAAAAGGGUGAAAGACGGCGAGUCAGCGGAAGAAAGCGAUAAUGGUAGGACUGAUGAAAAUUUUGAAGAAGGAAUGGAAAUUGAUAUGGCUGAACCAUCUCCAGCUAGUCAGGACAGUGCAAUUGAAGAUGAAAAUAAUUUGGAUGAUGAAGGAAAUAUUUCAUUUCCUUCAGCUAUGUUUAAUCGAUCUCAUUCGUCAAGUUUUAUGGAAACAGGUGACAACAAAGAGCCUGAACCACCCUCUCAUCUUGAUGUUAAGUAUGAAUUGGAUAUAAUUAGAAAUCCUGAUAUUUCUUCAAGUGCUUUUGCAUGUAUUAGUGCAGAAACCUUGGCCGAUUUGCUCAGGUCGAUGACAAAAGAACAAUUUGCAGAACGAUUUAUACUUAUCGAUUGUCGUUAUCCAUUCGAGUUUAUGGGUGGACAUAUUCGCGGUGCUUAUAACUUAUUCGAUCCAGCUGACGUUGAAGCGGUUUUUUAUCCUAAUAAUAUCAGAGUACGAGCACAAUUAAUGAGCAAAAAGCCGAUAUUCUAUUGCGAAUUUUCGCAAAAACGAGGACCUUCAAUAGCAUAUGAAUUGCGUGCACUUGAUCGUAAAUUCAAUUUUGAAAGAUAUCCAGCGGUAGAUUAUCCGGAAAUGUAUCUGUUGGAAUAUGGUUAUCGCAAUUUCUACUUGUCUUUUAGUAACGAACCAGAUCUUAUUGAACCAAAUGGGUAUGUGGCAAUGAAUGAUGAAGCACAUAUAGAAGAACUAAAGAAUUACAAAUAUCAUCGCAUUAGAACAGUUGCUUCAGUUUAUCAUACAUUGGCAAGAGAUCGCUAUAAUAGACAGCGCAUGGAGUUAAAUACAAGUGCUAUGGAAGUUGAUGUAAACAUGAAGACACCUACUCGUAUGCAUCCGAAGCAUUUAUUUAUGAGCUCACCCGAGUCUCCAUCACAGUUUCCAAGUACUCCUAAGAGCCGUCCUAUACGGGAUAGAAAAGGAGAUGCACCAAGAAGGAGUACUUGUCGUCGAUUGUUUAGUGAUGAUGAUUUUAAAGGAAAUGAUCCGGGUCCUGGUCCUAGUAAAGACAUUAUUUUUUGA